AUGGAGAACGUUACAGCAACAAUUCUUCCGAGCAACACCACCACUGAGGAAACAGAGGAUUUGCCUAGCAUUACCUUUAACAGCGUUCAUACAUUUUCUUUGAUUGUUUACAUUGUGGCGUUUUUGCUGGGGACAACAGGCAAUGGCUUGGUCAUCUGGGUCGCUGGUUUCCGAAUGAAGAAAACAGUCAAUGUGGUGUGGUUCCUUAAUUUAGCCAUUGCUGAUUUUAUCUUUACUUUAUUCUUGCCACUUAGUAUUACAUACCUUGUCCUUGUAUUCCACUGGCCUUUUGGUACCUUCAUGUGCAAGCUAAAUAGCGCUGUGGCAUUUCUCAAUAUGUUUGCAAGUAUCUUCACACUCACUGUUAUCAGCAUUGACCGUUGUAUCUCUGUGGUGUUCCCUGUAUGGGCACAGAACCACAGGACACCCCGCAUGGCUUUUAUAGUGGCCAUAAUUGUUUGGAUUCUUGCAAUAUUUUUUAGUUUAACAUAUUUUAUCUUUCGAGAUGCAGCUGGUGACGAGGGACAGAUCAGGUGUUUCAACAACUUUCAUGACACGGAUUAUGAUUUGCACCUUUUAAGGCUCAAAGCUACCGUGAUUACUCGAUUUAUCUUUGGCUUCUUCAUCCCUUUCACUAUUAUUUUUUCAUGUUACACUAUUAUUGUAAUUCGACUUCACAGAAAUCGCAUGGCAUCAUCAACCAAACCCUUCAAAAUUAUUAUAGCUGUUCUGCUUUCCUUCUUUAUCUGUUGGUUUCCAUACCAUGUUUUUUCAUUUUUGGAAGUGGCCUACAAUGAAAGUGAGGAUGACUCCCUGAGAAGCGCGGUAGAAAUUGGGGGUCCAAUUACGUCCAGCCUAGCCUUCUUCAACAGCUGUAUCAACCCCUUCCUCUACGUCUUCAUAGGUCGAGAUUUCAAGACGACCUUCAGGACCUCAAUCCAGUCUAUUUUUGAAAAAGCGUUCAGUGAAGAUAAUGGUCAAACCGAAAUCAAGACUAAAAGUACCUCCGAUUCACAGUUAGUUUGA